AUGGUUAACGUCCGGGGGAAGCGGUGCGAGCACCCGAACUGCAACACGAGGCCGGCCUUCGGCGUGCCGUUUACCAAGAAGGUGCAAUUCUGCAGGCCUCACGCUCUGGAGGGAAUGGUGGACGUCUCCACCAAGAGCUGCGGGACCCACGGGUGCUUCAAGCGCCCGACCUUCGGCUUCGACGGCAAGGGCAGCAAGAACGGCGAGUUUUGCGCGGAGCACGCGCAGGAGGGCAUGGUGGACAUCGUAAGCAAGCGCUGCAUCUUCGAAGGCUGCACCACGAAGCGGUCGUUCGGGGUGGACGGGCACCGCAAGAACGCCAAGUACUGCGGCAAGCACGCUGAACCCGGCAUGGUCGAUGUGAUCAGCAAGAAGUGCGCCCACCCGGGCUGCCUCAAGCACCCGUCGUUCGGCGUCGAGGGGACCCGCAACCGGGUGUUCUGUGCCAAGCACGCGCCGGAGGGGAUGGUGAUCCUGGGCAAGGCGGGCAAGCCCAAGCAGGGCGGCACGCACACCGGGGGAAAGCGCAGGGCCUCCGGCGAGAUGGGUUCCGGGCGAGGGUCCCGCCGGAGGUCCGGCGGCGGCGGUGGCGGCGGCGGCGGCGAGGUGGACAACGAGCCCCCGAUGGACUGGGCCGUGCUCCAGUCGGCGGCGGCGGCGGCGUACAUCAGCAAGAUGGUGCCCCCGCCGGUGGUGCCCCCGCCACCCCCGCCGCAGGCGCACCCGACGCCGCCCUCGGCGAUGGAGAUUACGGCUAUUCCGCAGCCCUUGGUGCCGACGACUUCCGCGCUGUCGGCGCUUCCCCCAGCCCCGAUCGUGCUGCCCCCGGCCCCAACGGCGCCGUUCCAACAGCACAGCCAGCCGCCGGGGCAGCACCAUUCGCCUUCGCCGCCGACGCCGCCACCGCCGGCGCCGCAGGCCCCCCCGCCCCCGCAGGCGCCGCAGGCUCCCCCUUCACUGCAGGCACUGCAGGCACCGCAGACACCGCAGGCACCGCAGGCGCCCCCUGCCCCGCAGGCACCCCCUGCCCCGCAGGCACCUCCGGCCCCGCAGGCACCGCAGGCACCUCCGGGACCAACGACACCUCCGGGACCACAGGCACCUCCGGCCCUGCAGGCACCUCCGGGACCUCCGGGACCAAAGGCACCUCCGGCACCACAGGCAUCUCCGGCCCUGCAGGCACCACAGGCACCACAGGCACUUCCGACCCCGCAGGCACCUCCAGCACCGCAGGCACCUCCGGCCCUGCAGGCACCACAGGCACCACAGGCACCUCCGACGCCGCAGGCACCUCCAGCACCGCAGGCACCUCCGACCCCGCAAGCACCUCCGGCCCCGCAGGCACCUCCGGCCCCGCAGGCACCUCCGGCAUCGCAGGCACCUCCGGCAUCGCAGGCACCUCCGGCAUCGCAGGCACCGCAGGCGUCCCCGGCCCCGACCCCGACUCCGACCCCGCAGGCGCCGCAGGCGCCGCCGGCGGCAGCAGCGCCUGCGACGCCUGUGGCGCCACCGCUGCUGCCUUGA